CUGAAACCUGCCACAAAGGUGGAAAGCUAGGUAUCUACAGGGGGGAGCUACAGUUAGGUACCACUGCACCAGCAAUUAGCCUAGGUACUGUUACAGUAGGUACCUAACCCCACCUCGCGCCCUCGGUCUGUCUGCUGUCUGGCGCCUGCUCAGCAACUGCCAAUACAUUUUCCGAUCCCGCCUAAGCGACAGACACCACAGUGAAAGAUGGCGAAGACCACCCACCACCAGCGCCACACACAGCGGCGAAAGUGCGUGUGUAGCCAAAAUUGGCAGUAGCCGUCAUGGACUGGCAUGGAAGAAUUGGGCAGCUGGCUGAGAGCUUCCCUCGCUCGCUCGCACGCACACAGCAACAACCCACCCGGCUGCCUCUAUCAACAACACCUCCUCCUCCUGCUCCUCCUGUCCCAUCCCACCCGAGGCUCAGGGCAGAUUUCCCCCCCUACGACGCACUUUUUUACUUAAUUUUCCUCCUGGGAUAUGACCUGUUAGGCUGUAUCCUCCUCUCCUCUGACAUCUGCAUCGCCAAAGCUCGCUUUGAUUGAGGUUCAUUAAGUUACGCCUUGCUGAAAGGCGAUUAAAAUUGGCGACAUCAUGUCGGUCGCCUCAAAGAACCUCUUCGCCCUCCUCGGCAAUGACGAGGAGGAUGACAAACCGUCCGGCCCUGUGAAGACGGUCGAGAAGACCCUCCCGCGCACCACCAAGCGCAACGUCGAGCCUCAGGCCCCUACCAAGCCUACUGGCACUGCCAGCACUCGUCGUUCUGGACCCGGCGGUAACGAGGGAGCUUUCCGUGAUCGCAACGCUGGCCACAGCGCCAACCAGCGCAAGCCCACUGAUGAGGUUCCCCGAGGCAGUCAACGUGGUGGCCGUGGCGCCCGGGAACGAGGAGGCCGUGGUGGUCGCUUCCCCCGUGAUCGUGAUGACAGGCAUUCUAAGGGUCUGCCUACUGGCGGAUCAGAGAAGCAGGCCGCCCAGUCCUGGGGUGCUGCUGAAGGCGGUGCUGAGGCUAAGGACGAGCAAGCCGGGGAAGAGAUCGCCCAGACUGAGCUGAAGGAGGCUACCGCUGAAGAUGCCGAAGAGGUUGCUACCCCUGCUGAGCCCGAGGACAAGAAUGUUUCCUACGCCGACUACCUUGCUCAGCAGGCUGAGAAGAAGCUUGCUCUUGGCGACAACCUCGAAAUCCGCAAGCCUAACGAGGGCAGCAAGGUCGAUAAAAAGUGGGCCAGCGCCAAGCCCCUUGAGAAGGAAGAGGACGACUUCAUCGCUGGAACCGGCGGCAAGGCUAAGCGCGAGCGUGAGCGCAAGGCCAAGCAGCUCGUCGAGAUCGACAACCGCUUUGUCGAGUCUGAGCGUCCCCGUGGAGGACGUGGCGGUCGCGGAGGUGCCCGUGGAGGUGCCCGAGGUGAUGGCCGUGGACGCGGUGAGGGCCGUGGUCGCGGAGGCCGAGGUGACUUCCGUGGCGAGUUCCGUGGAGGCCGUCCUGCCGGUCGCGAGAACGCCUCAAUUAACACCAGCGACGAGAGUGCAUUCCCUAGUCUGGGCGCUUAAUCGCUAAUUCAUGAUCGACGAGAGGUUCUAUCGGAUGUCUUCAUGUAGUCCAUAGUCAUGUUCAUACGGCAAAAUUUUGCCAUCCUCGCCUUAUCGUCCAUAAAAGCCCAUCAGUCUGAUUAUUUGGACCGAAAACACCAAAUUUCUGGGCACGAGAUGUUUAGAAACUCAUUCAAUUUCGGGUAACAAUUCCUGAAUCCAAAAAAGUUACUUUCAGAUUCAAAAACGGGUUGCAAAUUGGUUGAAUUGCUUUGCUUGACGUGAAAUAAACUAUGGUAGCCGUUGAAGUUGAUAUUGUUCGGUAGAUUUACUCGUAGGAUUACUAAGUCGCUCUCCAUGAAAGUCUUUUUUAGAGCUAUAGGCAUCCAUAUGGCAUGUAGAGGACACAGAUUCUCCGUAUCUCACUUCUUGACUGAGCAGCAUCUGAUAUAUGCGAUGCAGCUACGUUUGCUACUGAAUUUGAUUCUUACAAGCCCCAAAAAGUCCUUUUACUUAGGGAUUUGAAAGGAUGAGGAGACUGGAUACGAUGGCGUAGUUGCUGCUAUCUUAAGAAAUUCAUCACAGUCUUUGAUGAAUUGAUAUCGCGUUGCCGUUGUUGGAUUCGGGCCGGAAUUUCGAUUGUGUGGCAUGGGUAAUAAAUUUCUUGCUGUCACUGUUGUACCUCUUGCGUUCUCGGAAUGAGAGUGUAUUAAGUGUUCUGGAUAAGG